GUGACUCACAAAGCUGUUCUUAAUCCCACAAAGCAUAUGCAUUUUAUUUUUUUUUGGCUAUACCAUUACCUGAGAUUGAAAUUUAUUUUUUGCCUGGAAAUUUUUUGGACUGCCUACAGUCAAUCGCUUAAACUUUUUUGACAUGCAACAAGAAGACAAUGGAGUCGACGCCGUUAAGGAAGCGUUCUUGAACUUGCUGUGCAAGGUAGAAGGCGAAGAUUUCGACGAAUUUGAUUCCUUUGUCAGAUCAGCUUUAGACGAGUACCACAACAAGAUACACGACCACCAUGACAUGGACGAGGAUUCCGACGCUGAAGAAAUGGAGAACGAUUCAGAGUUUGUCAAUGUCUCUCCUGCAAGUAUGAAUCGUCUAGGCAAGAUCAUUUCUGAUCUGCGAAAGAAGGUACCCGUGUCAGCUGAAGCUCCCGGUGAAGAAAUCACUAUUCCCAAGACGGAGGAGUAUGAAGGUUAUACGGCGGGAAAUACAGUACACGUCGAUGGAUUUUUAUUCACAGAAGACGACGUCGAUGAUUUAUGCGACCAAGGCACUCUCUCAAGGAAUUACUGCUUGGAUUGUAAUUCCAAGAAUGUGAAGCCAUUGAACUUCAUUUCGCACUCGGCAUCUGUUCUUCAACUGCAGUUUAUGUACCAAGUAGCGCUAGCCAACCAGACAAGCGGAAAGACCAUUCUGGAUAUUGGAUCAAGACUUGGAGCUGUUUUGUACACUGGAUACCUCUUUAGUGAAGCCAAAAAGCUGAUCGGUGUGGAAAUCAACUCGUGGUUUCAUAAUGUACAGGUUGAUACAGUUGCAAAAUAUAAGAUGAAGGACCGAAUCGAGUUGGUUCAAGCUGAUAUCCAGACUGUCCCACAAUUGAUUGCUCAGGCUGAUAUUAUUGUCAUGAAUAAUGUGUUCCAAUUCUUCAAUGAUUUGGACGUUCAAAAGCAAAUCUGGCGAUAUAUUCGCAAGGAAACGAGUAAAAAGCAAGGCCUCCUUAUUGUUACGUUGCCUUCGCUUCAAGAUCAAUUGAAACAAGCUGGUUUGCCUGUUAAGAAGACCCUUGGAGGCUGGGUCAAGCAGAUCAAAUUAGACUACUCGUCGCAUUGGUUUGAAAGCGAGCUAUCUGAAGACGACGUGGACGAAAUUAGUCAAGUGCAUUUGUAUAGAGUAAUAUAGAGAGAAUCAACAACAAAAACGAUGUUUUCCAUUUAUUAAAUGUAUGGUAUAUUAUGAACAAUGGCUGUGGUGAGGAUUGCGAAGGAUUAUACACAAGCAAGCUGAGCUGAUUGCUUGACAGGCUGCUGCUGGAAUCUAUUGUGUCUUGAUUGCCUUGCGAGGAGUCACAGCUUCCGAGAUGUUUCGCCACAGAUAAAAUGACACGUCGAAUAAGAUUGCAACCACCGUUGGCGUGACGAUUGCUAUGCCAAGAUAGAGGAAGACUUUGGCAAUUAUGUCAAACAUGAAACGCUGCCACCGAGAUGAUUAAAGCCCGUGGUGCCUCUCUCCCGCUGACGCACCCAUUAAAA